GUCAUUAUCCGUAGCCCGUCCCCUUCCCUCCACAGCUCACAAUCGCGCUUCUCUGCAGCGCCGUUCUGCGAUAUACCAUAACCUACACGGACAGCCUAACACCUUUACAACACAAGUCUGAAACGACCUGUUCCCCUUGGAAUCAAUGAUGCGCUCUGCACUGGUCCCUCGCGGCCGCCCGCUUGCCCGCAUCUGCGAGCACUGCAGGCAUGAGCGCGCCAUCUCGACAAGAUCGUGGCCGACAGCGCCGCGCCAGGCGCAGUCCUCUGCAGGACCUUCGCCAGUCACCUCUUCCUCGUCGCUGAUGGUCACCAAGCACCAGCAGCGACUCCUCUCUACGACAGUGUCACAAUCACAGGCCGCCUCCUCUGCAGCGGCCGUCUCCAAAGAAGACCCCGCCGCCGCCGCCGAUGAUGAAGCAUCUUCGUCAACAACACUCCCCCCGCCGCCAUCGUCUCACUACGACUUCUUCCCACAAACUCUGCCCCAGGGCCCCCCGCCCGCCGGCCCCUUCGCCAUCGACCAGCGCGCCCUCCGCCGCGAGUUUCUCCGGCUCCAAGCCAAAGCCCAUCCCGACCUGCACCCGCCGCACCUCAAAGCCCGCGCAGAAGCUACAUCCGCGCGGAUAAACGAGGCAUACAAGACCUUGUCCUCCCCGCUGCUGCGCGCACAGUACCUCCUCGACACCCGCCUGGGCCCCAACGCGCACCCCUCGAGCGACGAGGCCGCCAAGGUCGAGGACCCAGAGCUGCUGAUGCAGGUGCUCGAGGCGCGCGAGGUCAUCGAGGACGCCGAGGACGAGUCGGAGCUCGUGGGUCUGCGGGCCGAGAACGACGAGAGGGUGCGCGAAAGUGAGGCGAGCCUGGGCGAGUUCUUCGCCGCGGACGACCUGGAGAGUGCCAAGCACGAGUGCGUCAGGCUGAGGUACUGGGUGAACAUUGGGGACACGCUGCAUCACUGGGAGAAGGGCAAGCCUGUGGUCCUUCAGCACUGAAUUGAAGAUCUGGGCUGUCUGACCUUGUGUCGGCUCGUCCGGCACAAGACGAAAACCCUGAAAUUUUGUCAGCUGAAUAAACUCCUCUGCGAAGAUAAGACGGGAGUGUAUAAUAUAGAGGCCGCGACUCUCAUCUCAGCAUCUUUGCGAUACCUCGAGAGCUCCGAUAAUUGCUCCAAGGACGAAUCUUGUCCGAUUGUGUAUAUAUCUUGUAUACAAAGUGUACCAAAUGUCAAAAAACAAAAUAAAACAUUGGCGAGUUCUGUGCAAGACGCGCACGUACUUUGCAACAGGUACGACUCCCAAGGGAGGGUCUAAAUUCAGUAACCAGUGACUGCAUCUACUUCUCUGCGUCGACUACAGUGUGCAGAAUGCCCCAACGCGUGACAUACCCAAGCCUUUCUCGUUCAUC